UUGGCAUUAAAACUUAGGUUUCCAGCAGAAAAGCAGAUAGAUUUGAAGAUAUUUUGGGCAGUGACUGCUUCCUCGACACGCCAGCAUGGCAUACCGCAAGCACCGAAUCUCACGCCUGAGCAAGCGGAAUAUUGCAUCAAGCGCAUGAAGCCGUACACGGAUGCCAUUUCAGGCCGUUCAGUUCCUGGAGCGCUCGAUUAUGAGCAGUUUGUCCACACUCUGUUCCAGAGCUGAUU